CGUAGCUUUCUGAGGCGUGGUAGUGCUCGCCGCGGAGCUCUGCUCGGCCUGCUCCCGUCCCGACUCACCGCUGUUCGCUCCCGCCGAGGAACAAGUCUGUCAGGAAGCCCGCGCCGCAGUUAUGGCUUUCAAAGACACCGGGAAGACGCCCGUGGAGCCCGAGGUGGCGAUCCAUCGCAUCCGGAUCACGCUCACCAGCCGCAACGUGAAGUCGCUGGAGAAGGUGUGUGCUGACCUGAUCAGAGGCGCCAAGGAGAAGAACCUGAAAGUGAAGGGGCCGGUGCGCAUGCCCACCAAGACCCUGAGGAUCACUACAAGAAAAACACCUUGUGGUGAAGGCUCCAAGACGUGGGAUAGUUUCCAAAUGAGAAUCCACAAGCGCCUCAUUGACUUGCACAGCCCCUCCGAGAUAGUUAAGCAGAUUACGUCCAUCAGUAUUGAGCCGGGCGUGGAGGUUGAAGUCACCAUUGCAGAUGCCUAAGUCAACUGUUCUAAUAAAUUGACUUAA